GCAGAGUGGUCUGUGAGUUCAGACUCAGCUGCUGGGCAGGGCUGGGACAUUGCCAUGACUGAGACGGGCCCUGCCCUCGUGGAGCUCUCAUAGUCCAGUGAGGUGACAGGCAGGUCCCCCAUCAGUGACAGGCUGGAGCUGUCAGGGGUAGGGUGAGUGAAGCCAGCAGAGGCACCUGGCCCUGACUGGAGGGAACCCGUGAAAGCUAGGUGGAUGGGCAGUGAGAGCGAUCCUAAAGGAUGAAAGAGCUCCUUGCUGUCCUUUAGAGACAGAAGAAGCAGCGGGACCUAGGACAGCACAGAUUUCUAAGUGGAAUGCAGCCAGAGUCCAGGGCACAUGGAGAGCUGUACAACCGCAGGCUGCUGUGGUCAGAUUUAUGCCAGCUGCACAGAGGACACUGGUUCUCGGCGGACACAACAUCUUUGUUGGAAUGUGGAAUGGAAAUGACAUCCUUGAGCUGGUUGGUGUCUGAUCCGGGGCUUGGCCAGCAAGAAGAGCGGCCCAUCAGGCAGAUUUUGUACCUCGGGGACCUGCUGGAGACCUGCCACUUCCAGGCCUUCUGGCAAGCCCUGGAUGAAAACAUGGACCUCUUGGAAGGUAUAACUGGCUUUGAAGACUCUGUCCGGAAGUUUAUCUGCCACGUCGUGGGCAUCACAUACCAGCACAUUGACCGCUGGUUGCUGGCCGAGAUGCUCGGGGAUCUGACAGACAAUCAGCUAAAGGUGUGGAUGAGCAAGUACGGCUGGAGCGCCGACGAGUCGGGGCAGAUCUUCAUCUGUAGCCAAGAGGAGAGCAUUAAGCCCAAGAACAUCGUGGAAAAGAUUGACUUUGACAGUGUGUCCAGCAUCAUGGCCUCCUCCCAGUGACUGCCAACUUUUAAUAAAGAUGUGUUGACCUAGC